AUGAAGCGUUUGAGAAUACAGUAUGAUGCUGUGUACUACACCCAUGGGAGAGCAAAAGGCACGCCCAAAGCCAUCACGCUGAAGGAACAAUUUCGCAACUUCAGCAAAUUUGGAGACACGAAGAGCGACGGGAAGAUGAUGACCUUGUCUCAGGCUGACAAGUGGUUCAAGCAGGCCAAGGUGAUCGACGGCAAGACCAUUACCACCACCGACACUGCCAUCACCUUCAACAAGUUCAAGACUAAGAAAAUCACAUUCACGGAAUUUGAGAAGUACCUGGACGAAAUCUCGAAGUCGAAAAAGGUGGACGCGGGAUCGAUCAGGAAUAAACUAAAGGACUGCGGGGCGCCGGGCACGUCUGGCACCACGGUGGGUACUGGAUCAUGA